AUGAAGGUAGGAAUAACAAAAUUCUUUCUCUUAAUAUACCUAUUUUUGGUCACUACUGUUUUAGCCAUCAGCAACAAAACGUUGCUCGAAUUUGAGAAUACGGAGGCCAAGCUGRUCAAUUCGUUAAGAGUUCUAGAUACUAACCCGCGCAACUCCACGUCUGCUGACAAAAGAAUAUCUGACAUUGAGACGCAAAUGAAGGAAAUAAAGACUAUGUACGGUAGUCAUUCCUUCAUCCUGAAGGGAUUGAACGGCAUACUAAACCACAAGGUAAACAUGCUGGCAAGGGAGGUACAAAUUGAGGGAGAAAACAGUACCGUAUUUGAAACGGAAACAACAAAAGUGGCCAAGGGACUACAUCGGGCCAUUCACAUAUCUCCCUUCAAGUACAUAAAAAAGUUCAAGACAAUCUCGACUGAGAAGUUGGAGCGUAUUCUGAAAAAAUACGAUCAGGUUUCCAAAAAGGAUGGUGACUUGACGGAAGACCAAAAGAAAAAGAAGGAGGUGCUAGCGCGAGUCAGCAGAGUUGUAGCCGCAACAACGAUUGAGGCAGGCUUGGCGCAAGGUGUAGUCGAUUUGUGUAUGACGGUGACAACCAGCCUCUGUUUGAUAUCAGCCAGUAUAGGAGGCCUAGGGUUUAUCAUUUGGUUAAUGAUCGUGUACCAAGCUUUGACUUAG